AUGGGAAAUUCUUCGUCAGCUGGAGUGAAAUCUAAAGAAACUAAUAGCAUUAAUAGUGCCACAUUUUCGCAACCAUACUUUUGGCAGCGGUCUGCGGGCACUCCUUUUAUAAAAGUUUCAGAUUAUAUCACAAAAAGUGUGAAAACAAACAUCUCUCCAGCUGACCUUUCCUAUCUUUUAUUAGGCUGCUGUGAACAGCUUAAUAAUAUCCCACAAUUACUUGAAACAAUCAUAACAGAACAAGAUAAUAUCUCAUCCAAGAAUGAUUCGAAAGAUGGGGAACCGGAUUUCUUACAAAUUUUAAGAUCAAAUUACAGCUACUAUGUCAAUAAUCAAGAAAUUUCAACUUCAAUUAUUUCAUCUUUUCAAAUGUAUUCGAAUAAGAUGUUUAUGCCCUGGUCUUUUACACCUCCAAGGCAUGGCAAUAAGCUUGUAUUACCGACCCUUGCUCAAAUCUUUGAUUCAAUUGAUGUUGCAAUAGAUUCUUUAAAUAACAAGAAAAUUGACCUAUCACCUAUCGAAAUAGUUACUAAUUUCUUCAAACUCGUCAGUCCUCCAUCGGCAUUUCCACCUCCUUCGAAAGAAUUUUUCCCUAAAAAUUCUACAGGUCUUGCGAUCUCGAUUUCCACGAAAUUUACAGCAACACAUGGCAUGGCAUCGAACGGAUGCUUUCUUUUCGUUCUAGUUUCAGACGGAAUUUUACAAAUUUUCCCGUUAUUCAACCACGGAACAGUUACAUCGCCAAUCAUCAGGCAGCUCAACGCCAAGUUCGGCAACGAUGCAUCUUUACUUGUAAGAGAUAAUAUAUUACAGAUUUUUUAUGGAAAACAAGUUUUUUCUUACAGUGUCGACCAUAUUUUGGCCACAGAAACCGAAAUAAAGGGUAAUGUUGAGAACACAGAAAAGAACUACUUCGCUGUUUUGUCAGAUGGAAUCACACAUUGCUUUGUAGAACAAAAUUUCGUUGUAAACAUAUACGAUUCAGCCACAAACAAGCAGAUAAGGUCUGUACAACUUCAUUCAGGUAAUGCGCCACUCAGUAAAGACUUAAGAGAGCUAUUUCCUGCAAUGGCAGAUUAUCAUCAAAUUCCGAUGGCGAUGAACGGCUGUUUUAUCGGUAUGUUAUUCAGAGUUCAGCAGUUUGCAUCACUUCUUCGUGUAUUUUCGUUGAUUACCGGUGAACAUGUCUUAGAUGAUAAUCAUUCAACGAACGAACAGUUUUAUUCGAUCAUGACCGACAUGAAUACGCGCUCCAUAUGGACAAUAGUUGGUCCGCGCCUCUCUUUGAAGCGUUAUUACUUCGCGGGAUCGAUUGAUCCUUCAUUGUUUUCAUUUUCAAUAGUUCCUCACCAAUUAUCCAAACUAAAAGUAGGUAAUUGCUUCAAGGAACUCACGUACACCCUCCAAAAGAACCUAAUCCACUUAAUUGGCUCCCAAAUUAUUCCGAAAUCUUUGCUACCGGACAAAGACCACUUCCAGCAGAUGCAUCGUCUUAUUGGCAUGAUAUCUGAUUUUUUGUCCAACAACAGGAAGGUCUCCGAUAAGAUGGCGAUUUAUUACAAAUCAAUGCUCCAAAACAUGAUAAUUAUUCUUGACAUAAACCUGAAAGCUAUCGAAUUGGCAAACAAAGGGAAGCCGGAUUUCAUCAACAAACUGUUCGAAUUAGUGACUUUGCUCCCGAGUGAAAUGAGAACUUUUCUGUUUUUCAAUCACUUGAAAUUAUUCAUGUACAACAGUGAUGACAAUAAAAUAUCUGACUUCGCUUUGACCAUGAUGUGCAGUAUUCUCGAGAAAUUGACAAAUGAAAAUAUAAUUCACUGGGCUUUGUCUAGAAUUGCAAUUUCAGGGGUUCUAUCAACAAUAUCCAUCAAUAAGUACACAACCAUGAAGAAUUUGAUCCCUCAAUCCAUAAAAGAACCGCCAACAAAACAAAUUUUCACAAGUUUGCUCAUUUUGCACCAGAGAUCGAUUAUUUCGGUUGCUUUGGACACAUUGAAGAAUGAUCCGUUCUUGCCAAUCACUGUUUCCGCCAAAUAUUUAGAUGAUCAAAAUCCUCUUCAUAUUCUUGGCGAAUACUUGAAUUUUGUUGUUUCUAGAUUCGAUUCUGCCAUCAGUGAAGUGUCUUCUGGAGACGAAUUAACUAAUUCUGUCAUUUUUAUCGUAUUUAAAGAAUUAGUUGACGGAUUAUCUCCUUUAACUAUAUAUCAUACAGUUGCACAGGUUGCCACGUCAUUGGUCCACGUGUUACUGACUAAAAUUGGCGAAUUCAUCACGAGAAUUGACUUCAAUACUUCUGAUGAAGGAAAAAUGUCGGAAUUGAUCAAAGCUUUCCUAUUUCUCUUCGCACAAUUCGCAUCAACACUCGUCAAAGGUGGUGUCCUUUCCGUGUUUGAAGAGAGAUUCGUUUGGUUGGUCAGAGCAAACAUAGAUAUCAUCGAUAAAUACAAUCUACAGAGAAUCACUGAAGAGGAUUUCGAACCACUGAGGUAUGAGAAGAUGAAUGACUUCAUUCUGGGCAAUUUUGACGUUAUGUCAGUAAUUUAUAAAAAAUUUAAACCAUUACAGAACAAAAACCUGAAAGAAAAUAUUAAGAAACUCGAUAGAUUGUCAAUGGCUGCACUCUCAAUCCAUACAGAGUGCGUAAAAGACUUAAUUUCCUUAAAUGAAACAAAUACGCUCACGGAUACCCUCAAAAAGUGCGUAGAACAGAUGUUUAGAAUCAGAAAUACUGUUCGCGAGCUAAUUCAGAACGGAAGAGAUGAUGAUGUAACAAUAAUAAUUCACAGAUUGAGAAUGCUGAUCAGAAUGAAGUCAGACUUCAAUGGUUUCGAUAAUCCAUCCAUUCUCUUGGGCGAUUUUGUACUUUGCAACACUCCUCCCGCCAGAAUUAUGCAAAUUUUAUCUCAGCAACGCUCCAGGAUACAAACAACCCUUGUAGGAUUCAAUCUUAUUGAUUCUACGUACACCAUGAAGAUCCAUCCCCAAUACAAUACGAUCAUCUCAUAUGCAUUGAGUCGGAUUGAGAGGUUUGAUGGCUUAUCGUCAAUAAUAAAGAUGACUCCAUUGACUGAUAUGCAGAAAAAGCAGAUUGAAUCAUUUUUCUCCAGAAUUCUUUCUCUUAUCAAAGAAGAUGUGAACACAGACAAAUGGAUACUGGUCGCCUACAGGUUUUUCAGGGAUAUCGACAUGUUCGAUGACGUAAAAAGGUUCUUCCUCGAAGGAAUUCUCGAAGCAUUUACUAAAAACCCAACAAGGUUCUCUUUAUUCGCUCUUUGCUUCUCAUUAAUUCCUUCAAUCACUGAACUGCCAGCUUCUCUUGCAAAUAUCGAUAAUAUCCAGCCAAUUAGGUACAUUUUAUUAUCUGAAGCUUUGAGGUUCAUCGAUUGUCCUUUGGAGCUUUUCGAACGUUACGACAAGAUGUUCUGGACUAUCAAAAGCGACUUCGCUCGCUUAACUUGCCGUACAAUGUUUCAUAUGUUAUCAUCAUCGGAAAUUCCUGACGAAAUAGUCCAAAAGACCGUAGCCAACAUGAUCAGAUACGUCGGAGAAAACACUCUCCUUAACCAACAUAUACCUUUUUGCAACGAAAUGACUUGGAUAUUGCGAAGAAUGAUAACAACGAGACACAGGGCCUGCGAAAUGAUCAAAAACACCAUACACGCACUCACCCCGUCAUCAGACAAAUACGAUAUCUGUGGCGCAUUAACAGUUAUAGGAAGUUAUACGGAAAAACUUCGCCCGUACUGUAAUGUGAAGUAUCAUUUGAACAGGAACUCUGUUUUCGAAUGCAUUGCCAUCCAACAGAUCGUCGAAGAUAAGAAUGUAUUUUAUUAUUGCUUCCAUAGGCCGUUUAUCAUCAUGUCUCAGUCCACAAAGAUCAAAAUGACGCCAGAUACGAUGAUUUACGCUGUUCCUAUGAUUAUUUUAGAUCCGAAAGAGUUUGAUUUUGAUUUUAUUAUUUCAUUUUUCGAUUACGCGUUCAAUUCUGCUUCCAAAGUCACACAAUCCGUAUACAUGCAGGUUCUUGCUCUUUUCUGCAACGAACCCGAUUUCGUUCAGCGCUUAAACGGCUCUCAAAUGAAGAAAUUAGUUGAAUGUCCAUUACCAUUCUCCGAUAUCUCCAACACUAUGUCAGAAAUCGAGAAAUUUGGUAAAAUGCAGACAUUGCCAACCAUCUACGGCUUCAGCCAGAUGAAAUACAAAGACAAUGAAUAUACUUCAUAUGUAUCCCCCCAAAUUUCCGAGGAUGCUCCCCCCUUUACAGUUACCAUUACAACUCCACCCGGCCAAUUAAAGUUUUACGUGGGAGUUAUCUCCAGCUGUGUUGACAAACAUCAUACAAGGUACUCAUUAGUGUCAAUUCCUGAUGGACAGACCUAUCCAAUUGAAUCUUAUUCCCAAAUAAUAUUAGAGCCGAGCCAAACAUCUCUUACAUUGACAUUUAACAUGCCAUCCGCAUUAUUCAAGAUCGGGAACUCCUCCUACAAGUUUCCUGAUGGAAGAGCCUUCAAAAUCAUUGUUGCGAUGCACAAAUCAAUUCCUUUCGACGUAAAUGUUCCUCAAGCAGCGAAUGUUUUCGAAAGGGACUCAACACCACCGCAAAUACAGCGUGGAUGCAUCGAUUUCGAUGAAGAAAGGCCUCUUUUCAACAUUCCUUCCGGUUGUGUCAAUGAAAAUCUGUCACACGACAUAAUGAAGAUGAAACAAUUGAGUUUAACAGUUGGAAGACUUCCUCCCGAUGAAAAGAUGAUGUCCAAUUUCAUUCUUCCUCCACAAUUCAUUUCAAUUCACAUUGGAUUCACAUCAGAAGCGAGUGAACCAUUAAUUAAUGAACAAAUUCGCGGUUUAUACAAACAACUGACUUAUCAAUGGUCAACAAUUGUUUUGAUGCGAAUUUUGUUGUUGAAACAAGAAUUGAUAACAAGCGAGAGAUUAAUGAUGAAAUUAGUUUCUUUGCUAAUAGUUAUGUUGGAAUCAUUUAUUCCAAGUGAAUUCGAGCUCCAAAAAUUCCCAUUUUCUUUGGCAAAUCCGAUUUGGGACAGAAAUGCUCAUACGAAUUUGUUAUACAUGGGAUUGGAACAAGAAUCUCUCAAAGCCUUGAAAAUCUUUGUACAAAGAAGUCAGUUCAAAUCUGCUCUUUGUAAAGGAUUACAAGCGAUGGCGAGAUCAGAGCGAAUGCAUUUAGUUGCAAGGCCAUGUAGAAGUCAUCAUUAUUUUGCAAGUCCAAGAAAAGGAAAUGAACCUUGUUCUUGGCGAGAAAAUCCACAAAAUUACCAAUGUACGUCUAAUUGUAUUGUUUGUCCAAAUGAUUUUCAUGGAUAUGUUCAUAAUUCGAUUAGAUUUAGAACGUAUCAAUCGAAUCAAACUUUUCCAACUCCUGCGAUUAUUCCUCUUUCCAAUCCACCUCAUGUUAUUUCUUUCAAUGGAAAUAAUAGAAGAGAAUUCUCUGUUUUCGAUAUAAAUCCAAUGAAUAACACUUGGAUUUAUGAUACUCCUUUUGAGAUGCUUCUUUUGUUGAAGAAUUUUGUGUUCUUGGCACAAAGUGAUGAAGAAAGAUCUGCUGCCAAAAGAAUACUUUUGGAAUGUUAUAUAAUUCAAUCUCCUUUUAUUUAUAAUUAUCUGCCGCAAUUCGCUGAUUUGAUGCAAAUACAAAUCCCUGUAACUCCUUUUGAUGACAAUGAACAAUAUAAACAAUUGUUGUGCAUUGUUGCUUGGAUGUUACAAACAAGGAAAGAUGAGGAAUUUGUUUCUCAAAGAUUCCAUAUUUUGUAUUUACAUGAUCAACAUGUUUUGACAUCGCCUGAAAACAAGAGAAUUUCUAUGUAUUUCCCUGAAUUCUUUACAAAGAAAUUCGAGCCUUGUAAAGAUGACAAAAUCAUGAUUCCUGAAGCAAUUAUUGAUCCAGGAGCAAUCCAUGGAAAUUUCCCUGGUUAUAUAUUGAUGUUGAGACAGUUUGCAAGACAAUACAAGUCUUUGGAAGGCUUCCCGUUCUGGGAAAUUCUUCCUAUGUGGUUUAGAAUUUCUGGUUCUUUCAAAGGCCAAGGUGAUUUCAUAGAACCUUCUUUGGAAAUCACUUCACCGACCACUUGUCACGUUUCUAAUCCAAGUGGAGUUGAACUUGAAAUAAAGUUCACUAAAACAGGGAGAUUAUCACAUGAAAUGUAUAUAUUCAGAUCUCCUAAUGCUGAAUUUGAUAAUCCUGUUGUUAUUUGCGAACACGAAAUCAAGAAUCCGAUAAACACGAAAGAAAAAGAUUUGUUCUUUUCUAUUAUCGGAAAUCAUCAUGAUAAUUGGAACAAUCUUAAGCCAUCAAUCAUUUCUUUGUCAAAGAAGCCUCUGUCGAAGCAGACUGCUUUGUCAAACAUUGUUCCAAUCUCUUCAAUCAAGUCGAGAUUCAUGGAUGACAUGCAACAAUUCGCUGUAGAAUGGAACUCGAAUGACACUGAAGAAUUGAUUUCGAUUUUGCCGAGAAUUUCAUUGAGAGAACCAACAUUUGCUGCUGUAGAAAACAUCGCAAAAAGUUGUUCUCUUUGUAGUAAAUUCUCUCCAACAGUUGUUGUUCUCCACGCUCUUUUAAUUCAUCAUUUCAACUACAUAAGAUGUAAUUAUUACAAGAGCAUUCCUCAAAAUCUUUGGAAUUCUAUGACUUCUUUCUUAUCCGCGGAAGAUGCAGCAGACGCAAUGAUCUCUAUGAUCUACAUGUGUCCAGAAGCAGCAUAUCCAACCCUAACAAUUGAUAGACACACAGCACAUAGAUUAGUAACAAAUGGAAAUGGAGAUCCGAUGUAUUCCAUCAUUUCUCAGUUGUCGAGAAUAUUGAGAAACAUUCCUCCACAGAGAUUGUGCUGCAAGAAGAAGCCUUGGAAAGUCAAUUUCGUUGGAGAACUCGCUGUUGAUGCUGGCGGACCAGGAAGAGAACUGUUAACAGAAGCUGCUGCAAGUAUUUUCGAACCAACAACUCUUUUGGCGAUUCCUGUUCCAAACAUGAGAAAUCACACUGGUCAAUACAAAGAUGUUUACAUUCCUUUCGACAAAACAAUGUGUAGAUCAGCUGAUUUCUUCACUAUUGGAAUAUUGUUGGGAAUCAUCAUAAGAACUGGCUUACAACAGGAUAUUCCUUUCGCUCCUUUAGUCUGGAAAUUCAUCGCAAAUGAAAGAAUAGGAAUUGAUGAUAUAAUUGCUGUUGACAGCGGUUUGGCUGAUCAUUUCAAUCAUAUGAGAUCUGUUUCGGAAGACAGUGAUUUCGCAAUACAUUACGCGUUCCAGUGGAAAGUAGAAGACUGGGAUGGAACGAAAGUGAUGCUUCCAGGUCACGACAAAUCCCAAAUUAUCCAGGAAGAAGAUGUCGAACAAUAUAUCAAAGAAUCUGUUGAUUUCAGACUGAAUUCGAUCAUGCCGCAUUUGAGAGACAUCAGAUCAGGAUUCAGACAAAACACUGGAUUCAAACACAACUCUUUGAUGACAGGUGCUUUGCUCAGCAGAAUGGCGCAAGGCAAUGGAGAUAUCUCUGUUCUUCAUUUGAAACAAAUAACAACUGUUUCUGAUUUCGAAGACGGAAUAAUGAAUGAAUACGUGCAGAGAUUCUUCAGAUCUGUAGAGAGAUUGAACAAAGAGCAGAGGAAGCUGCUUCUUAAGUUCAUCACGACAUUGACAAGAUUGCCAAAUAGUACUUUAAUUCCUGAUUUCAAGUUGAAGAUUGAUAUGAAGGAUUGUCCAAAACCAGAUGAAAUGCUUCCAACAGCAUCAACUUGUUUCAACAAAUUACACUUGCCGAAGUAUUCAACUGACGAAAUUUGUUAUCAGAAGUUGUUGAUUGCUAUUCAAUACUGCCAAACAAUGGAAGAAAAAUAA